AUGAAUUCACAAGAGAUAAGUGAUUUAAUUAAUUCUGAUUUUGAGGAAUAUCCUGAUGACUCAGAUGACGAUCCUACAUGGGAGUUAUCCCACAAUAAUAAUUUGACUAAUGAAAGUGAUUCAGAAACUGAUGAAAUUAAAACAAAUCGUUGCCUAUUUCCAGAAACUAGUAACCUUAGUAAUCACAAUGCUGACCCUCUGGCAGUUUAUAUGGAUUUUGAAGAAGAUAAUGUUUAUGACUCUGAUGUUUCUCAUAUUAGUGACUCAGUAGACGAUUUCAUUGUCACACAUAAACCACGUGGAAGACCAAAGAACCCAGUAUCUGAACCAAAUCGUCAGUGGCGAGUUGACGACAAAGUUAUAAAUAAUUUUAUAUUCAAUCCUAAUAAUGAAAUAACAGGUAUUAAUCCAGACAUAUUUGAUACCAUGAUUGAUGGGUCACCACUUGAUUUUUAUCAGCUAAUAGUAGAUGAUGGAAUUCUUGGUAAAAUUGUUAUAGAAACUAAUAGAUAUGCAUCCCAGCAAAUUAGUGGUAAAAAUAUAUCACCUCACUCUCGUCUUAAUAAAUGGAAAGACACAAAUGUUAUUGAAUUAAAACAAUUUUUUGGACUCCUCAUGUGGACAGGUCUAGUUCAAUUGCCAACAUAUGAAUUAUAUUGGAGCAAUUCAAAAAUUUAUAAUACUGAAUUUGGAACCAUCAUGAGUAGGAAUCGAUUUGAAAUAUUACUACAAAUGAUUCAUUUUUCUGACAACAAUCAGAUUGAUAAAACUAACCGCUUAUAUAAAUUGGGAACUAUAUUAGAUGACAUAAUGAUCAAUUCAAAUAUGUGUAUGAAACCUGGUGAAUCAUUUUGUAUUGAUGAGUCUUUAAUAAAGUUCAUGGGUAGAUUGUCGUUUAAACAAUAUAUCAAAAAUAAAAGAAACAAAUUCGGAAUCAAGCUAUUUAAAUUAUGCAUCCAUCCCUGCUAUACACUAGCUGUAAAAGUGUAUUGUGGAAAGGAAGCCAAUCCAGAUUUUAAUGUUGGUUCCAAAAUUGUCCAAGAACUAUCAGAACCAUUUCUGAAUUGUGGUCGAACACUGGUGGUUGACAACUGGUACGCUAGUGUUGAACUUGCUGAACUUUUAAACAGUAAACAAACACAUUUAGUAGGUACUUUAAGAACCAACAGGAAAUCAAAUCCUACAGAAGUGACAGCAAAAAAAUUAAAAAAAGGUGAAAUUUCAUCUAUGAGGAUUUCAUCAAAUAUUUUAGUUUUAAAAUGGCGUGAUAAAAGAGAAUUAUGUAUGAUCUCAUCCAAACAUCACAGUCAAAUGGUGAAGUUGUCUGUUCGAGGUAAAACCAUUAUGAAACCAAAAGUUGUAAUGGAUUAUAAUGAAGGUAAAUCUCCAAUAGAUUUAUCUGAUCAAAUGAGUGCAUAUUCAAAUCCAUUGCGUCGUUGUGUAAAGUGGUACAGAAAAGUAGUGAUAGAUGCUCUUUUAAAUAUUGCAGUUGUCAAUGCACAUGUUUUGUUUACUCAAGUGACAGAUAAUAAAAUAUCAAUUACUGAAUUUCGUACAAUGUUAGUAGAAAAUCUUAUCACAAAAGAUUUUGAACCUAUUGAAUCUAUUAACCAAAUUAAACAUAAACUAGUGAAAACAAUAAAAGGUAGAUGCAACAAAUGCUAUAAAAAAAUGGUAAAAGAAAAAGGAAGAACAUAUUCCCAAAAAUACUCCAAAAAAACAAGUACAAAAUGUGAGGCAUGUGACCAAAAAAUUUGUUUUGAGUGUUUUUUUGAAGAUCACAAAGUAUCAAAGUAG